AUGGUUCGCAUUCUCGUUCGUUCGUCUGCACUGCUGUGUAUGGCGCUGCUGCUUGCACUUGUUUCGGCCCAGUCGUCUUCAUCGCCCUCGACUUCAGCCAGCACAGCCGCCUCGCGCUCCACCUCGGCUUCCUCCACCACCUCCUCUUCGUCCCGAACCACCGACGCAGCAGCAACGCUUGGCACGCUCAUCUCGUUCUCCAUCAGCUCGGUCAACACCGCCACCUCAUCCACCUCAUCCUCUACAUCCUCGGCAACAUCCUCCUCCUCCACCUCGUCGGCUACAUCGUCGGCUACAUCAUCCACCUCCGCAUCCACCUCGAGCGUGGUGCCGACGACCACUACUUCAAGCACACCCAAUGCGGGUGUUGCAGCCGCGCCUAUGCAGUCGCACUUUAUUGUCCCCACCGCCGCACUCGGCGUGGUCCUGCUCAGCAGCAUCUGCUUCCUCCUCUAA